AGAUGAAUAGACAAUUUUUCUUCUUAGCCGGAGUCUGCCUGUUGGCUUUUGUGGCAGUGGAAGUGAGUGCCAUGUACGGUAUGGGUUAUGGAAUGGGUGGAAUGGGUGGACUGGGGGGUUACGGUUACCCCUCCAUGUACCCAGGCUUUGGGGGAUUAGGAGCAUACAGGGGAAACGCCCAGGAGAGAGCUAAAUAUCAAAGAAAUUUGAUGGCUUAUAGACUGGCACUGAGAGACUGGCAAAGAAAAGCCUCAAGGACAAUUGUCACACGAAAUGCUCUCAAUGAUCUUGCAAGGGCUUCUACUUUCAACAAAUGGACUGCUUUGGUGCCUGGUAUCCUUACAUUAUUGGCCUUCUCCAAUUCCACAGCUAUUCCCCUCACCGGAUAAAGUUUCUAAUACAGCGAUUCUAUUAACACUUGGGGCGGUGACGAUGCGAUGCGCGGUAUGCAGAAACAUUAUUUUUGUGUCAUUUUAUUUGAAUAAACAC